GUAACGAGUUUCGAUGCGUGCGAACGCUGGUUGAGUCGCGGUUGUUGUUCAGUCCUUCUCUUUGUUUCUGCAGCGAUAACAGUGACAGAACGCGACACCGGACGCCUCGAAACGCCAGGAUGUCUGCGCCCUCGCUGGGCCGCUUUGUCCCUCGCCGAUUCCUCCUGCCCGAGUACCUGCCCUACGCCGGGAUCUUCCACGAGCGAGGGCAGCCCGGGCUCGCCACACACUCCUCUGUCAACAGGGUGCUCGCAGGGGCGUCGAUCGGGGACGGUCAGUCUGCGGUCGCCAGCAACAUCGCCAACACCACGUACCGCCUGCAGUGGUGGGACUUCACCAAGUUUGACCUUCCUGAGAUCAGCAAUGGUGAACGUUCUCUAAAGUUGAGCACGCACAGAGAAUGGGACGCUCCCCGCGCUGCAGCGUCCACGUUCCAGAAAACAAAAGUGAGUGCUGAGCUCGGAUCCAGGACGAGCUCCACAUCCCGUCGUUUAGGAAAAGCUGGUUUGACGCAGCUUUGCUGUGACAUGUGCUUCAGCUGCGGUGUGUCUGUGUUUCAGAUGGUGUUCAACGUGGUCUACCCCAUGGCUCCGGACCAGAGGCGCCACGUCAGCAUCAACUCUGCUCGCUGGCUGCCGGAUCCAGGGAUGGGACUGGCUUACGGAACCAACAAGGGAGACCUGGUGAUCUGCCGGCCUGUGUUCUAUCGAAGCGACGGCGAGAGCCCCAGCGAGUCGAGCAGCGAGCCACUGUUCAGCGUCAACAACAGCGGAACGAGCCGGAGCCGAGGCUCCGACAGGCCGGGGUGA